AUGCCAUCGCUAGCCCUGGCCAAUGGAAUCGAGUUCCAGUAUACGGACAGCGGUAUACCCACACCUCAGGAUGUUCCCUAUGUGACUGUCAUCGCGGUGCAUGGGAUGGGAUACAACGGUGGUAUCUUCAACCGAGUGCAACAACUCGCCAAGGACACAAAGCUGCGCAUUGUGGCAAUUAAUCGCCGUCAAUACGUGGGCUCGACGCCUAUUUCGGACGCAGAAGCGGCGUUGUUAGUGUCCGGCAGCGACGAGCAGAAGGCGGAAGUUUUGGCUGCUCGUGGCGUCGAGCUCGCGCUAUUUACUGUCGCGCUCAUCAGGCAGGAAAGCAUCCCGCCAAUCUCGACUGACAGGAAAGGAGGGGGUGUGGCGCUGCUCGGAUGGUCUUCUGGGAACGUCGUAACCCUUGCGAUGGUCGCAAACAUCGAGAAGUUACCGUCUGAUUCGAAGAGUUGUCUCGCGACCUACGUGCGUGCACUCAUCCUACAAGAGCCACCGUCCCUCGCCAUGGGGUACCCACUUCCGACGGGGACUUGGGCUCCCCACAUGGACCCAUCCAUACCGGCCGAACAGCACACACCUUUCUGGGCACAAUGGAUCACUUCGUACUUCGAUCAUGGAGACCUCUCCAGCCGUGACCCCACUGCGCUCUCGUACACCGUCCCAUCGUUUACUCGUCGGCCGACAAUUUACGGCAUGACUGCAGACGAGCAAGAACAGAUCCUGGACCAGUCAGUGUCCGAGAUGCCGGGUAUGUUCUGCAGCGCCGCUCAAGCCCUCGCGAACACCCGUAAGGCAUGUUUUGACCGCGCCGUACGAGCGCUCCUUCCCAAGAUGAAGAUAUGGCAUAUUGCCGGGGCUCGGUCUGCGUCCUUCGCGAUUCCUGGUCGCUGGAGUCUAGAGGACGAUGACAAGGCCAACGGAGGGGCACUCCUGAACUUCAUAUUGAUCCCUGGUGUGAACCACUUUAUGCAAUGGGACGAUCCUCAAGAGACGCUGAAGGCAUACUUAGAGGCUCUUUGA